AUGGUAAAAAUAUUGUGGAUGAAAAAGAACCAUCUAAUUUUCUCAAGAACACCAUUUGAUCAUGAGCAAAUUUUGAAAUAUUUUAAUAGACAAUUUUCUUCUAUUCAUCAUCGUCUUUAUCUUUUCCCUUCUUCCUUUAAAGAGGAUUGUAAGAGGAAGAUUAAUGUUAGAUGGUAUCCUCUUAAUGUUAAUGCAUUCAAGCUCAAUAUUGAUAGUUCUUAUCACGAAACACCAAGUCUUGCUGCUUGUGGAAUGCUUAUUAGAGAUCAUAAAGGAGUUUAUAUUAUCGGCUUCUUCUGCAAUCUCAGUCAAGAUACCUUUGUGCCAACUGAGUUCUUAGGGUUGGUUCACGGUCUUUGA